ACAGGAAAUAGACGUCCCAAUCCGAAUAAAGGCAUUUGUGAGAACGCACCACUGUUGUCUGUCGUUGGUAGUUCUCUGAACAUCCUGAGGGUCUCCGGUGCUAUAACUAAAGCUACAGCCGCAAUGGCAGACGCUCUGGCUAACAUCCCCGUUGUAGAGAUUGAUCCAGAGGGAACCUUUAAGUACAUACUGGUCCGAGUGAAAGUGAAAGAUGGCGAUGUGCAUAAAGACAUAGUCCGAGGCACAAAAAGUGCAGAGUAUCACAAUCAUAUAUUUGAGAAGGUCAAUCCAGCUAUGGAGGCCAUAGGAAUGGAGUGUAAAUGCCUUGGAGGAGGGAAGAUAGAGCAUAACAGCCAAGAGAAAAAACUAAGGGUGUUUGGAGAAUCAACUGCGUUUGGUAAAGCAGACCAUUCUGUGUCUGUCGAGAAGUUGAAGAGUGCCUUCAGCGACUAUGAGAUCACCUGGUCUGACGACAAAAAAUAAGUGUGAACCUGCAUCUCAUCUCUAAUGUCUGACUUUAUUUAUCAGUUCCAAAACGAACCUUCUGUAUAACCAUCAUUUAAUUCAAAUACACCAUUCUACAUUUAACUGUUUGCUUUGGAUUCUGUUAAAGCACUAAAACUGACUCCUAAAA